AACCGAUUCCAAAUUCAUGCCGAUUUUCAAUUUUCAACCCGAGAAGUGUGGUGGUGAUACAAGUUUUGUGGGCGAUGGUGAUCGGAUAAGUCGGUUGCCCGACGACAUUCUUCUCGGCAUACUGUCGUUCAAGGAAUCCACACGCACCAGCGUCCUUUCGUCUCGUCGGAUCAACUUGUGGAAACACACCCCCUCCCUCGACUUCGACGACGCUCAAACUUCAAUAGACAACCUGAUCGAUUUACGCAAGAGCGAGAGGCGCAAGUAUAUGAAGUGGGUCGACUCCGUUUGCCGGUCGCACAAAUCCCCCACCUUGAAAGAAUUCAAAAUCCGUUUCCCUAUAAACCGAUCGGCCAGAAACGCGAAAGCAAUCACCCGUUGGCUUAGAUUCGCACUCUCCAGAUCGACGAGUCCGCCGCUCUUGUUUUAGAACCUAACCUAAAAAUGGCGUCUUUGAUACUCGGGCGCUCCAUUUUUCGUAAUUGGAUUUGUGGUGGUCGGCCAUCAGUCCGACGAAUAUCAUCGUCGUCAUCUCAACAUGCGGCUGCGGCUGCGCCAUGGCUGUUGAUUAA